AUGAACACAAUCCGCUCAACGGCCUACGGCUGGGGCGUCCUGAUCGUGGCCGGCGCUGGAUCCUACUACUUCGCCAAACGCAGCAUCAACGCCGACCGAGACGAACGAGCACACAACGUUGAACUCCAACGACAGCACCGCGAGCGACUGCGAGCACAGGAAGCAGUAACCCGAGAAGCUGCCAUCCAAACAUCGAGCCCGGUCUCAGGCAAUUCGGCAACGCCUGGAUCCAGCAUAGAUCCGAGUAAAGACGCGGGACAGGAUCCUGCGCCCACUGGACAUGCCGAGUCUGAGCUGCCGAAGGGUCGGUAUGAGGCGAGGGAGCCGUUUAGGAGUAGGAAGGGGGAUCGGUUCAGUUGA